GUUCAAGCAUAUAUAUUGCAAACCCGGAAUCAAAAAACGAAGAACAAACAGAGCCGUGAGUGUUAACGGCGAAAGACAGAAGAUAAACUAACGGACGCUUAACAAAGCCAAAACAUAUCCCCAAUGAUAAGACAAUCGAUGAAGAUUGGGUUUAGGACAAGGACUACGUACCAAACCGAAAGACUUUCUCUUUUACACACACACACAUAUAUAUAUAUAUAUAAGGAAACCAGAAUCGAGCUCCUUAUCAUAUAUGUCUCUCUGAGUAUAAGAAAAAAUAUUUGUCUAAUGGCUUUCUUAGGGUUUCUUGAAGCAUCCAUUGCAUUCAUUUGCUUUCUCAUCUUCGGUUUUUUGCUGUUCAAGAAAUCUAAUCGUGAUGUGCUCACGAACUGGCCGAUUCUCGGCAUGCUUCCGAGUUUGGUCGUGCAAAUUCCUCGUGUCUAUGAUUGGAGCGUGGAUGUUCUCGAGGCCUCUAACUUGACGUUUCUGUUCAAGGGACCUUGGCUUGCCGGUAUGGACUUGCUGGUCACUGUUGAUCCUGCCAAUAUCCACCACAUAAUGAGUUCGAAUUUCAAGAAUUACCCGAAAGGGCACGAGUUCAAGAAGAUCUUCGACGUCUUGGGAGACGGGAUAUUCAACGUGGACUCGGAUCUGUGGAAGGAUCUGAGAAAAUCGGCUCAGACCAUGUUCAAUCACCAAGAUUUUCAGACGUUUACGGUACGUACGAGCAUUAGCAAGUUGGAAAAAGGGCUUUUACCUCUUCUUGAUCAUGUCUCAGGGCACGAUAUUGUUGUGGAUUUGCAAGACGUGUUCCAAAGAUUCACGUUCGAUACCACGUUCAUUUUGAUGACCGGGUAUGAUCCUGGAUGCCUUUCUCUCGAGAUGCCAGAGAUCGAGUUUGCUAAAGCUUUGGAUGACGCUGAAGAAGCGAUUUUCUUCAGACAUAUAAAGCCGGAAUUCGUGUGGAAACUGCAAAACUAUGUCGGUCUCGGCGUCGAGAAGAAGAUGAGAAGAGCUCAGGCCACUUUCGAUCGUCUUUGUGCAAAGUACAUAUCCACCAAAAGAGAAGAGAUAAGCUUAGGGAUCCAUUCCAAAGGCGAUGCUAAAGAUUUGCUGACGUCUUACAUGUCCGUGGACACGACGAAAUACGAGCUCUUGAAUCCCGGAGAUGAUAAGUUCCUGAGAGAUACAAUCUUGACUUUCAUGAUAGCAGGAAGAGACACUACAGGCUCUGCCCUCACAUGGUUCUUCUGGCUUCUCUGCAAUAACCCUGAAGCCGUGACCAAGAUUCGUCAAGAGAUUAGGACGAAACUUCCAAGAACCGAAAACCGUAACGAGAAUUCUCUCGAUUCCACAGAUUUAAACAAGUUGGUCUAUCUCCAUGGAGCGUUAUGCGAAGCCUUGAGGCUCUACCCACCAGUUCCAUUCCAACACAAAUCUCCCGCAAGACCAGACGUUCUUCCAAGUGGGCACAGAGUUGACGCAGGCUCAAAGAUUUUGUUCUCUCUCUACGCGUUGGGGAGGAUGAGAUCGGUCUGGGGGGAAGACGCAUCGGAAUUCAGACCGGAGAGAUGGAUUUCGGAGCGUGGAGGGCUGAGACACGAGCCUUCUUUCAAGUUCCUGUCGUUCAACGCCGGUCCGAGAACUUGUCUGGGUAAAGAAGUGGCUUUCAUGCAGAUGAAGACAGUAGCCGUCAAGAUAAUACAGAACUAUGACAUAAAGAUCGUCGAAGGCCAUAGGGUUGAUCCUGUUCCCUCCAUCAUUCUCCAUAUGAGGCAUGGUUUUAACGUCACAGUCACCAAGAGAUGCCUUGAAUAGAUUCCACAUAUACUAUUGUGUUUGUUAAUGGCAAAAUAAAUAAAAAAAUAAAAAAAAAGAAACAUGUAAUGAUUCGUGUUAUAAAAAGUGUACGCACAACAAUAAAUAAUAAUAAACAGAAGCUGCCAAGGGGGGGAUGCUUUUGAUAUUCGCUUUCGUCCGUUCCUAAAC